UUCUUGAAACAAAUGAUUGAAACAGAACGGAAAGCAAAUUUCACUAGAAUUUGUUUUCCUUUCUUCAAAAAAUGAAUGUUUCUUCAGAUGAUUUCAUAUUAACGUGUGUAAAAAACAUCGUUUAUAAAUAUUUAGUCAUAGACAUAAACGAUUCGUCCUUUGAGAACUUUUUAAGCGAAGAUAAAAACAAAGAUAUCGUUCUUAAUGUACUUUCAGAACCAAAUGAAUCUCAGAAAUGCCUGUUUUUCUACAAAACUAUUAUUGAAGAGGAAAUUGAACCAGAAGAUGAAUUACCGAAUAUUGAAGAGAAGCCUAUGUCUAAAGUGGCACUUGAUAUUUUAAAAUCGUUAGAUAUUAUUGAUAUUAAUGCCGAAAAUAGACAGGACACGAAUGCCUCAGAAAGCGCCCUCUUAGCAACAUCAAAUAUAGAACCUGAAGAUGAGAAGGAUCAAUCUGAUCAUAGCUUACAUUCAGUAUCAACUUCAGGUGAAGAACAUGAACCAAAAGAAGGUAAUAUUGAGGAAAUACCGGAAGUGUUAAUAAAUGACGAUACAGAGGAUUCCGAUGAAAACGAGAACCCUGACGAAGACAAAGAAAACGGAAAAAAAGAAUCCAGAGAACGUCUAACAAAAUCUAGGACUUCGUUGGUGAUGAUUGUGAAGAAGAUCAAACUUCAGAUGUGUCUGAAUGUAGCUGAAUACGAACCUUCUCAACAAUAUGUCUAUUUCCUGAAACGUGUGGACGAUAUUUUACCACCUGUCCAUUCUGCAGAAGAAGCUCACAGAAUGAUAAUGCACUACUUCGAGGUGGGAUACCUUUCGCAGCAUCCACUGGUUUGCAUCGACAAAGUGAUCUCACUGUUAUACAUGCCGAUGCUUGCAGAGGAAAAUUUGAAAGCUCACGUACCUUCAAAACUGUAUAAGAUUAAACAUGACCAGAUUUCUUCACUCUUUGCUGGAUUUCAGAAACAUAUGAAAGAUUUAAGGGAUAUCACCCGGCAAAUGAUUUCUCAAACAGAGACGCCAUUUAUAUUCACCCUACCAGAAAUACCAGAAGACUCCAGUUUAGAACAGCUGGCACAAGAAACUGUUUUCACAACAGAAGCUGAUUGUUUAAUGAGAGAAUGGAACGAUAGAAUCUUAGAUUUGUUAGAACAAAUAACGCAAGAGAAACCCGAAGAAAAGAACUUGUUAGAGGAAGUAAAAUUUUGGGAUAAUCAAAAAUGGAAGGUUGGAGUCUGUCAUGAUCAGCUCAACCAUACAGCCAUCAAAGAAACAAUACAGGUUUUAAAGCUCGCCAAUUGCAGCGUUGCGAAAUUCGAGACUAAUGUCACGAUGGUAGAAAACCAACUCCAUAAAAUUACAGAAAUUAUCAACUAUCUUAUUUUAUUAGUACCGUACACAAAAAGCUGUGUCUGGGACAAAAGCGCCAUUGCAGCUAAGAAAGUGUUAAGGUUCAUUUAA